GGUUUUAGUUCGGUUUUAGCUCUGAUUCCGUGAGGACGCUCGCCAGGCGCACCGCUCCGCGUUCCGUUCCGUUAUUCGACCGCCUCGCACGGAGCCUACCGCUCACCCACACCCCUGCAAAGGCAAGGGAAACACUCACACACACACAGCACUCCUCGUGCCGCGAUAACAACGCCAAAUUAUCGAGUCUGCGCCAACAUCCAGCGGAUGGCAAGUGCGAAUCUUAAAGUGGCCAAGCGGCAGUCCUAGAAGUAGAACCCCCGCCCCGCCCUCGGUUUAUUUGCCCCCUGCUCCGGCGGUCAUGUGAACAGCCGCCACAAUGCGGCGCUAACCCAAUCCCGUUUCCGAUUUCGAUCCCGGUUCAAAAACAAAAAGUGCUCCGAGUGGUGACCCCAAGCAAAUGUGUCGCAGUGACAGCUGGUGUGGCAGCAACGGCAACUGCUGCACUUCAUAGUGCAACAUCGGGUUUUUCCCCAGCUCCCAGAACAGUCCGCUAAUAGCCAACAAAGCGAGCAUAACGGCCAGAAAGAUGGCUUUGCAGCAGAAUCAUCACACUCAUCAGAGGCAUCAGAAUCAUCAGCAGCACCAACAACACAUCAAGUGGCAGCAACAUGCAACAAAGCGACGACGCUGCCGUCAACUGUGGAUUAAACAUCUUCAGCUCCUGGGCCUGGCUGUCAUCGUCAUCCUGGCCAGCGCCCCCGCCCCCAGCCACGCCCAGCAGCAGAAGUUCCGGACCACGCCGCACGACCUGCAGGUCCUGGAAGGAGCCGAGGCCAUGAUGCGCUGCGAGGUGGCCAACGUGGCCGGCGCCGUCCAGUGGACCAAAGACGGGUUUGCGCUGGGCUUCUCGGCGGUGAUCCCCGGCUACCCGCGCUACUCCGUGCUGGGCGACCGCAAGCAGGGCAUCUACAACCUGCGCAUCUCGAACGCCUCGAUCAACGACGACGCCGACUACCAGUGCCAGGUGGGCCCGGCGCGGCUCAACAGCGCGAUCCGGGCCAACGCCAAGCUGACCGUCAUAUCUCCGCCGGCCUCGAUCGAGAUCAAAGGUUACAGCCACAACUCCAAGGUGGAGGUGCGCGAGAACCAGGACCUGCAGCUCAAGUGCAUCGUGGCCAAUGCUAAGCCGGCGGCUCAAAUCGUCUGGUACCGCGGCAAUGUGGAAUACAAACCAGAAAAACGCGAGGACAACGUGGAGGAGUCAACGGCCAAGCGGUUCACGACCACCUCGAGCCUCAAACUGAAGCCGGGCCCCGACGACGACUACACGGAGUACACGUGCCAGGCGAAGCACAAGGCCCUCUCGCCGGACAUGCCCAUGCGGGCCACCGUUCAACUGUCCGUGUUGUAUCCCCCAGGACCGCCCUAUAUCGAGGGCUAUUCGCCGGGCGAAACCUUGCGCCGCGGCCAAACCGUGGAGCUCAUGUGCCGGAGUCGCGGCGGCAAUCCACCUGCCCAGCUCAUCUGGUACAAGAACGGCUCCCAGAUACGCAUGGCCUACAGGACCUCUGGGCGAUUGUCCGAGAACAUCUACACCUUCACCGCGGAGGCGGGCGACAACAAGGCGCGAUUCCGCUGCGAGGCGAGCAACGUGAUGUCGCAGAAUCCGCUGAAGGCGGAAGUGGAGCUGGCUGUGCUGUUUGCACCCACCCACGUCACCGUGAUGGGACCCACCGAGGCGCGCGUCGGCGAUAUUGUGCCGCUGACAUGCACCACGGCGCCAUCGAAUCCGCCCGCCGAGAUCAAGUGGAUGGUGGGCGGGCGGCAGGUGCGCAACGCCACCUCAAAGACGAUUGUCAGUCCCGAGGGCGGUUGGACGACCACCUCGAACAUCACCGCCACCGUGGAGCCCAACAAGCGCUCGCUGGUCGUCAUCUGUCACGGACUCAACAUGCAGCUGACCGAGAACGUCGUCUCCACCCACACGAUCAAUGUCCUGUAUCCGCCCGCGCCGCCAUUAAUUUCUGGCUAUAUGGAGGGACAAAUUAUCCCAGCUGGCUCGGUGCAAAAACUGCUUUGCGUUUCAUCAGGCGGCAAUCCGUUGGCGACGCUAACAUGGUACAAAAACGACAAAAGGAUAAACUCGGUCAUACGGGCGGCGGACAAAUCGGUGUCGGCCGAGAUCACCAUUCUGGCCAACGUGUCCGACAACCAGGCCCAGUACCGGUGCGAGGCCUCCAACAGCGCCACUGAAAUCCCGCUCUUCCAGUCCACCACGCUCAGCGUCCACUUUGCCCCGGAGACGGUCAAAAUACGCAUUGAACCGGAAGAACUGCGACCUGGCAUGGAGGCAGCCAUCAUCUGCGACUCCAGCUCCAGCAAUCCGCCGGCAAAGCUGUCCUGGUGGAAGGACGGCAUCCCCAUCGAAGGCAUUAAUAACACGUCCAAGCCGGGUCUCUGGGGCGGCACGGUCUCCACGCUGGAGUUCAGGGUGAACGUCACACAGGAAAUGAACGGCCAGGUCUACACCUGCCAGAGCGCCAACCAAGCUCUCCAGCGGAGCGUCCACGAGGCGGUCAGCCUGGAUGUCCUGUAUCGACCCAAGUUCGUGCCGCCGCCCUCGUCGACGGCGGUGGGCGUGGAGGGCGAAUCGCUGCAGGUGUCGCUCCAAACGCAGGCCAAUCCCACGCCGGUGGCCUACAAGUGGACCAAGGAUGGGGUCACCAUUCCGCAGGAUGGCGAGCAUCGAAUCUUUGCGGACGGUGGAAGCCUGAACUUCACCCGCCUGCACCGGGACGAUGCGGGGAUCUACUCCUGCAGCGCCUCCAACUCGCAGGGAAAGGCCACCCUCAACAUCACCGUGGUGGUGGAAUACGGAACCACCAUCAAGUCGGUGUCGGAGAACAUCAUUGUCAAUCCCGGCGAGGACGCAAUGCUGUCCUGCAGCGUGGAGGGCAAACCGCUGAGCGACGAGCAUGUGAAGUGGGAGCGGGUGGGCUACGACAUGACCGUGAAGACAUCGACGACCUUUGCGAACGGCACCUCCUACCUGCACAUCAAGGAUGCGCAGCGCGCGGAUGUGGGCAACUUCCGGUGCGUGGCCGACAAUCGUGUGGCCAAUCCGACUAACCGCGACAUCCUGCUGAUUGUCAAGUUUGCUCCUGAGAUUGCCAAAGCACCCACGCUCCUGCGAGCUGCCAGCGGGACAGGAGAGCGGGGUCGGCUGCCCUGCCGGGCACAAGGGUCGCCCAAGCCGCAGUUCAUCUGGCGCCAGGAAAAGAAGGACCUUCCCAUCAACCGAACGUACAAGUACGAAGUGGAGGAGCGCAAGAUUGACUCGCUGACCUACGAGUCCACGCUAAUCGUGGACAAAGUGGCGCCGGCGGACUACGGGGCCUACGAGUGCGUGGCCAGGAACGACCUGGGCGAGGCGGUGGAGACGGUGCGCCUGGAAAUCACCUCGCCGCCCGACCCACCCCUCAGCCUCAAUAUCCUGAACGUCACCCACGACACGGUCACCGUGGCCUGGAUACCGGGCUUCGAUGGUGGCCUCAAGGCCUCAUAUCGCGUGCGCUAUAGGAUGGUCGACCGCGAGCAGUACAAAUACAUCGAUGGGCUGCCCAACAGCCACAAGCUGACCAUCGGCGGGCUGCGCAUGAAUACGCUCUAUCUGUUCUCGGUGAUGUCCUACAACGAGCUGGGCCAGAGCUCCUACCUGCCGGAUUUGGCACGGGCCGAGACCAAAGAAGCCCCGCCCCCCUCGCAUCCGGCCUCGUCGCUGGGAGGCGGACCGCCGACCACCAGCCAGACGCCGCUGGGCGGCACAUCGGGCAUGCUCCUGGUGGGCGUGGGCGCCGGCAUCGUCGUCGUCCUGCUCAACGUGUUUGUCAUCGGCUGCUGUCUGCACAAACGGAACGAGAAGCGCCUCAAGCGAGGACUUGAACUGAUGCCAGCCGAGUUAACCGAGGACUCCAGCAACACACCGAAUCUGGUCAUAAUUGGCAUCUCCCUGGCGGCAUUUGGCUUUCUCCUGGUCAACGCGUCGCUGGUUGCCUGGUUCUUUGUGCAUCAGCGCCGCAAGAAAGUGGCGGAAACUACAAAUCAACCGGCAAAAACGGCAACCAUCGAGAUGUACGCGCCCAGUUCGUAUAAUGACACCGUAACCGGCGAGACGCUGUCCAGCGUUUCGGAGAAGAGCGAGUCCUACUCCAAUGAGGGCAGCAGCCAGCCGGAAUAUAUUGACGAGGCGCGCAAAAAGGCGGCGUCCACGUAUCUCGUUGAGGGCUCGGAUAUGCCGCCGCCCAGAUAUCAAAAGGAUGGCACCCUGCCAGUCAUAUAUCCGAAUAAUAUUGUGAACGCCUGUACACUGCCGCACCCGAGGCACAACAAUGGCAGCGCCGCCAUCCACAUGACCCGGGAUGAUCAGAUGCUAAUCAGCAAGGGCGUCUAUAUUCCGUCCCCGUCGCCGGCGCCGCCGCCAGAUGGCUCCUACUACAACAUGAACAGCGACAGAUACUUGUCCUAUCCGCCAAUGGAAUACCCAGCAGCUUUGGACUUCACCGCCCAGCCGAUGUCCAUGGCGCACCUGCAGCCCAUGACGGUGACCUCGCUGGCCACCAACGGAGGCGCCACGCUCAUGGGCAACGGAUCGGUGGCAGCGGUGGCCGGUGGAUCGGGCACCUUGCGGCGGGGGAUCCUGCGCGGGGUGGUGGGCGUGCCGCAGCCCGACGUCACCCACCACACGUCGACGGUGGGCGGAAGUCCCAUGCAGAUGAUGCACGACCUGCACCCGGUGAACCUGAGCGCCUCGACGCUCACCACCAGCACCACCCUGAACGGCAGUCUGCCGACGGCCACCGCCACGCUGCCCCGCCAGCCGCACAGCAUCCUGAAGGAUCCCAACCGGAACAAGCAGCACCAGCAGCAGCAGCAGCUGCUCAACGCCAGCCUGGUGGGCGUGGGUGUUCCGGUGUCGUCCGCCAUGGGCAGCCUGCAGAUCCUCAACCUGCCGCCGGCGGGCGGCGGACUGGGCAACAACCUGCUGAUGACCACCAGCGGCGCCUUCGACCCCACGACGAUGGGCAUGAGCAGCUUCGGCGGAGUCGGCCAGCCCGGCGGCAUCCCGGUGGCCUACACCGACGCGGACGGUCACCUCGUAUAGCUGUAGGCGGGGACUGGGGCCAUCAGCAGCGGCAGCAGCACCACCAGCUGCAGCACCACCGUGCGGAUCCUCUCCGGCAGUGAGCCCCGGUUCUGAGCGACCUCGUCGCCCAACACCUAUCCCUAUUCCUAUCCGGCGCACUCGUAUCUGUAGCCAACCUACUCGCAAGGAUGUAGCUAGUUUAGGAGCUUUCUCUUCGGCAUCUGGGUUCCUCCGGUGUCCCCUGUCCGGCAGCCACAUCCACUCGCCAUUACCUUAUUCAAAUCAGCCAGCGAAUUAGUUUAUGUAAAUUUCCACCCAGUUCUUACGGCUUCCCCGUCAAUGUGGGUGUUUAUUUAGAUAAGGAUUCUGGGGAGGCCAACUCACUGGGGGAGUGAGCAUAAUUUCGCAGAGAGUUUUACUAAUUAGCCGGCAGCAGGAGGAGCAGAAGGAGCAAAAGGCGCAGAAGGAGCAGGAAGCGGGCGAAAAUAAUUUGAAAAUCUCCUUGGGUGGAGAACGCGAAACGGUCCAGAGCCGUUUGACAGGUCCCAGGGGCGUGCUUCGGCUCAAGUCGACUGGGCACGUGAUUGCCCUGGACGGCGCCGGCGGCCAUGGUCGUCGAAAGUUGAAGGUUGACAGCCGCUAGCUGCUCGGCGACCCCCUCCCAGAUCCGAGUGCUAGAUUCGCCACCUCCCCUUUAAUGGGCAGCUGGAAAAUCUGGGAAUGGGACUACAUCCGGCCGAAAGCACAGUGGAGCCUACUUAGCUCAAACCACUCGGCACACAAACAUUUUACGCAAGGAAACGUUUAAUGAGGAAAAGUGUGUUUUUAAAAACUUGUUAUUUCUUGAAAACUGGGAAAGGUUAACGUUUUGAUAAUGAAUUACAUUUUCUCCGAGUUAAGAAACAGAAGUUUGAGUUAGGAAGGUUCCUUUAAGGAGGGGCGUUCAGAAAUCCAACUUAAAGACUUCAAAGGAGAAGCCAUAGAUGGAGUGUUUUUAUAGAACCUUUCAUAAAAUUUUUAAAGAAUGCCAACUACUAGAAAUCAAGGCUACGCCAAUCUUUCGCCUUGGAAUUUAAGUUUACCAGCGCCUUGAGCUGCUUAACUCAAUCUCCUCCUUGCAAAUGCGCAUAUCGCAGAUAUGGAGGGGAGGCGGCCACGCCCCCCUAUCCCAUUAUAUGCAGACGCAGCCUGUAUCUCCAUCUAUCUAUCCAACAGACAUUCGAGUGGCGCUGCCGCCCAUAAACAGUUUUCAUUUGCCACUCGUCGCAGCUCAGCGAGCGUGACAUGCCAAUCCUGGCCUGCGUUGCCAUUAGCUCUUCCAGUUCGAGGCCAGAAGAAUCCCGGAAUCCCAAGGACCUCUCAGCUCCGUAAGCGCCCACCCACUCCUCCAUAGCCAUAUCCACAUCCGUAUCUUUGACUUUGUAGCCAAGUUCUUGAGAUCCUCGAGCGCCGUGCAUAAUUGCCAGCAGCAUUGUGUGGAUUUUAAUAUUCAUUUGGCUGUAAUUGUUGGAUCCGGGUCUGGAUCGGGGGAGUGCACUAUUGCAGCAGCUAGUCCCCAGUGGAUUAUCGCAAAUGAAUAAAUGCCCUGAUUUCGGGCACAGAUGGCUGAGGAUUGGGGGAUUGGAGGAUUCGGGCACUCAAGGACUCCACGAAGCCAGGACUUCAGGAGGUGGGGCGCUGAGCAAACACAGAGUGUGUAAUUAAAAGUGAAAUUAUCUUUGAAAUUAACGCACGCGUAGACAAAGACAAAGGCGAUGGCAAGGAGGAGGGCGAGGGAAAUGAAGAAAAAUGCGCGGAAAACUGAGGAUGAAAUUAAGAAUGAAAGAAGAUGAGGCAGCUCUGUGUGCCGGCACACAUGGGUGUAUUUUUCCGCUGUGGGAUUUUCCGCUAUUGAAUAAUGGCGAUGGCAGUGGCCAGAUAAAAGUUAAAUGAGCGGGAAAAUAGGGAAUUAUAGUGGAUAGCCGGGCGAAACCUGUUGUGUUUCCCCGGGAAAGAUGGCCAAAGGACAGGGGCUGCAGUGGAACCCCCUACACCAGACAUGUGAACGUAUAGCUUGUACUCAACUCUACGAGUAGUGCUGCCAAAUUGCAUUAAUAAUUAGCGUUUAACUGGAUCCGUAGCCCUAAGUAGCUAAGCCAAAACAAUUUCGAACCACUACUCAAUCAGCAAGCCAAAUCCUAUCAAAUUGUACAAUACCACAGAGCGGAAGCCGAAAAGCAAGGAUUAACAAUUACCGAUUAGCGAUAAAUAAUUAACGAUUAAAAGGACAAAUGCAGGUAUAUCGAUACACACACGGAGAGUCAUUGCAAUUCAUAGAUGUAAACGUAGCGUACAAUUUCGCAUCUCGUAACUCUUAGGUCCUGUCCCCACAUACCCCUCUAAAGGUUCAGAGCUCGGCAGGGAGUUCCCCACAUAAGCAUAGGAAUAACCAACUCGCUGUUUUCUUAGGGAUAACUAUUUGAUUGCACUCGAACCCAGUACUCCACGAGGGAAAGGUGUCCCCAACCGCAUCUGCAUCUGCAUCCGCAUCCGCAUCACAAAUCUUGUAUGUCUUCCCCAGCUUGUCCUGACGAUUGUUGAUUGCCCCUUGUUUGAUCCACAAAUACGUAUUUAUAAUUACACGUACACAUUAGUUUAAAGUUUAACCUAACUUGUCGGGGGAAAUAAAUAAGACUUAUUGUAGAUAAUUAUGUUUAAAACAAUUAACAAACACGAAAUCAAGUUGUUCGAUUUGUAUUUUUGCCAAAGAGAUAUUUGUUAAACAAAGAUAACUUGCAGCUAGACCAUGUGUGUGCUUGUUUCACUCUCGCUGUGUUUGAUUGUUGUUCGAUUGAAUUAGAGUCUCUGUGUAUAUGAUUUCGGAAAUCCCCUCAUUCGACGUUAACGUAGCAUAAUUGAGCAGCAGCUGAAGGCGAUGACACACAAGACUUGAAUACCGAACCUAGGUUAAUGUUAAAUGUUAAUGGAACUCGAAUCGAAAGCGAAACUUAAUGCAGCUAAGUGUGCGUGUGUACAAAGCGAAUUAUUUACCAGUGGAUGUGAAUGUUUUUAUGACACUUAUUGAGUUAUGUAUUUUAUGUAGUCUGUAUGCGUAUAUCGAUAACUAUAAUUACCGAAAGCAUUGUACAGUAGUCGAGGGGAAAAACAAUAAUUAACACGGCGUAAGUUCAUUCGAAGAAAAUCGAAAAUAAAUUAAACGCAUAGUUCAUAACUCAAAGCAUAAGCCGCCACUCAGAAAACUGUAUAAAACGAAAACGAAAAG